GAACGCGGCCAUUGGCUACGUUUGUGCAUUUUCCGUUGUGUGGGACUGCUCUCUAGUGUAGCAUCCAUAUUUCCGAUAGAACUCGAUUCUGCGCUGUACGCUCGAAGUGUUCUUUUUAAGUUGCGUGAGCGAAGUGUGUCGAGCAACGUAGUUUCUGUAUUUGGAGAUAACAGUCUUUUGUAGAAAUGCCGCCAAAAAGAGGUAAGGUACAGAAGGAGGAAGUGCAGGUUUCCCUUGGACCUCAACUUCGCGAAGGCGAAGUAGUUUUCGGAGUAGCGCACAUUUUCGCGAGUUUCAAUGAUACUUUUGUGCAUGUCACCGAUUUAUCGGGAAGAGAAACAAUCGCCAGAGUCACUGGUGGUAUGAAGGUGAAGGCUGAUCGUGAUGAAGCUUCACCGUAUGCUGCUAUGCUUGCAGCUCAGGAUGUUGCAGAGAAAUGUAAGAGUUUAGGGAUCACUGCCCUGCAUAUUAAAUUGCGGGCAACAGGAGGAAAUAAGACUAAGACACCUGGACCAGGUGCGCAAUCCGCUCUGCGAGCUUUGGCUCGUUCAAGCAUGAAAAUUGGACGUAUUGAAGAUGUUACACCAAUUCCAUCAGAUUCCACACGCAGAAAGGGAGGUCGCCGUGGACGCAGGCUAUAAAUUAUUAUGGCUUUUGGUAUUGCUUAUCUUGUAAUAAAAAUUUAGAAAGAAGAA